ACCUCCUGGACACCAAGCAGUCUGGCUUCAAGAGCAACCACUCCACAGAAACUGCUCUGCUUUCUAUCACUGAAGCCUUACAUCUAGCAAGAGCAACCUCUAGAUCAUCUGUCCUCAUCCUACUUGACCUCUCUGCUGCUUUCGACACUGUGAACCAUCAGAUUCUACUGUCAACUCUCUCCAGCCUGGGCAUCACUGGAACGGUUCUGCGCUGGGUGGAAUCCUAUCUCUCUGACAGAUCCUUCAAGGUAUCAUGGAGGGGAGGUAUUUCUGAAACUCAGCAACUCACAACUGGCGUUCCACAGGGCCUGACGAUCCAUCCGUCCCUGCACGCAUCUCUGCUUGCCUGUCGGACAUCUCGGUCUGGAUGAGGGAACACCAUCUUAAGCUCAACCUGGCAAAAUCUGAGCUUCUCGUCAUCCCAGGUUGUCCCUCAAUCAACCACAACCUCACUGUACAGCUCAGCUCACUCACACUCAUGCCAACCAGGACGGCCAGGAACCUUGGGGUGAUUCUUGAUGACAGCUUGACCUUUACAGACCACAUCUCAACAACUGCAAGGUCCUGUAGGUUCAUCCUGUACAACAUCAAGAAAAUCCGACCCUACCUCACCGAACAGGCUACACAGAUACUGGUCCAGGCUCUUGUUAUCUCUAAACUGGACUACUGCAACUCACUGCUUUCAGGCCUCCCAGCCAGCUCCAUCAAACCCCUUCAGAUGAUUCAGAAUGCUGCGGCGUGCCUCGUCUUCAACCAGCCCAGGAGAACCCAUGUCACACCCCUCUUCCUCUCCCUCCACUGGCUUCCUGUAGCUACCCGCAUCAAAUUCAAGCCCUUGAUGCUCACCUACAAGACCUUGUCAGGAACAGCACGCUCCUACCUCAACUCUCUCCUGAAGGCCUAUGUUCCCUCACAGAAUCUGCGAUCGAUUAGCAACCGACGCUUAGUAGUUCCCACUCAGUGUGGCGCAAGGUCCCUUUCCAGAGCCUUCACAGUAACUGUUCCUCAGUGGUGGAAUGAACUUCCAAUCUCAAUCCGGACCGCAGAAUCUCUCACCAUCUUCAAAAAACAGCUAAAGACCCACCUCUUCCGUCAACACCUAACCAACGCAGAAAAAAAAACAAAAAAAAACAUUAUAUAUAUUUGCACUUUCCACCUCUACUCUGUGCACUUUGCUUCUUCUGGAACUCAAUUAAUGGAUCUUGUAUGGUAGCACUACUUGUAUUGUUCUCUGUUAGAUAUAUCACUUUGCUUGUACUUUUCUCAUUUGUUAGUCGCUUUGGAUAAAAGCGUCUGCUAAGUGAAUAAAUAUAAUAAAUGUAAAUGUAAUAUGUACUUUUUAUUCCAAGGUUGUGAAGUCAUAUUCAUUCAUUCUUGUGAGAAGAUACAACAAGACCCAUCAGGAGUAGGUCUUGUUUGUAGAUUCAUUUGAAAUGUCUGAAAUCUGGAAAAAUUAAAAGACCAAAUUGAAGAUAAAAAAAACAGAUGUGUAUGCUUGCAUGUAGUUGUAAUAAAGCCAAUUACUAAUAAUACUAUAAUAUUGUGA